CACUGCAAGAAGUAAAACUGUCGUCUCUAGAGCUGAUCCAUCCUCAUAAAGUUUGAUGUGGUCUAUUUGCGUGGGAUCAUUGGAACUUAUAUACCAGAAAAGUGCUGCAGAUUCCCAUCGAACGCUUCACCAAGUCUUUGGUGAUAAUGCUCUAUCGAAAGCAACAUGCAAAACAUGGUUUAUAAGUUUCGAUGUGAGAAAUGAAGACCAUGAAAGACCAUCAAAAAAGUAUGCAGACGCCGUAUUGGAAGAAAUUUUGAACGAAAAUAAUACUUUGAGCAACAAAUGAUCAAUUUGUAGAAUGCAGCCAUCGAAAAACGUACAGAAAGGGCCAGAAGACACGGAAGAGUAAUCUUCCUACAUGACAAUGCACCGGCACAUAAGGCAAACCUGGUUCAGGAUACGAUCGAAGAACUUGGCUGGGAGCUGCUACCCUACCCUCCGUAUUCACCAGACUUGGCGUCUUCAGACUUUUUCGCAUUUUUCUGGCUUUUAAUAAUUAGGUCGUCAUUUAUAUAUUAGGUCUAGUAAAAUGUAAAUUGAAGGCAUUAUUUGGUGCGUUGUCCGGACUAUAAGGUGGAUGCGAACGGAACGAACUUCGUCAAGCCGAAAUGGUGCAUGAUUUACUGUUAUCGCCGACAUGCGCUCAACCAUUACUGAGUUUACUUACAUUCUGGUGCCACCGUCCAGGAGGACAUAAGUGAGGCUUCUGUGAUAUUUGGCGUAAAGCAGGUGCCCGUCGAUUCGCUCAUCCCUGGUAAGACGUACUGCUUCUUCUCGCACACCAUUAAAGCACAGGAGUCCAAUAUGCCACUACUGGAUGCCGUUUUGGAGAAGAACAUCCGUCUGAUUGAUUACGAACGCAUAGUGGACGAGCGUGGCUACCGUCAAGUCGCAUUCGGCAAAUAUGCCGGCGUAGCUGGCAUGGUAAAUAUUCUACAUGGCGUUGGACUGCGUCUAUUGGCGUUGGGCCAUCACACACCCUUUAUGCAUAUCGGACCGGCACAUAACUACCGGAACUCAUCAAUGGCGCGUCAGGCAAUAAGAGAUUGUGGCUAUGAAAUUUCGCUGGGCAUGAUGCCUAAAUCCAUAGGACCAUUGACUGUUGUGUUCACCGGUUCGGGUAAUGUGUCGCAAGGUGCGCAGGAGGUAUUUCAGGAAUUGCCAAUUGAGUAUGUGCCGCCUGAGAUGUUGCGUAAGGUAGCGGAACAUGGCAGUCAAAAUAAAUUAUACGGCUGUGAGGUGAGCCGUACGGAUCAUUUGGAACGUCGUGAGGGUGGCGGCUUUGAUGCACGUGAGUAUGACGAGUUUCCGGAACGUUAUAUCUCAACAUUCAGCUCGAAGAUUGCGCCUUACGCCUCCGUUAUUAUCAAUGGCAUCUACUGGGCAGUGGGCAGUCCGAAACUGAUAAGUAUACCCGAUGCCAAGAAUCUACUGCGACCCGCAAAUACUCCUUGGCUGCCCACCAGUAAAGGUAGUCCAGCGUUGCCUCAUCGCAUGUUGGCUAUCUGUGACAUCUCAGCUGAUCCGGGCGGAUCCAUUGAGUUCAUGAACGAGUGUACUACAAUCGAUACACCCUUCUGCUUGUACGAUGCGGAUCGUAAUAAGGAUAUGAAGAGCUUUAAGGGACCAGGUGUCUUGGUGUGUUCCAUUGAUAAUAUGCCCACACAGCUGCCGCGUGAGUCGACAGAUUAUUUUGGUGAGCUGCUCAGCCCAUUUGUGGAUGAUAUAAUCAAAAGUGAUGCGAAGAAACCGUUGGAGGAGGAGAUAUUCUCAUAUCCCAUUAAGUCGGCUAUCAUUGCCAGCAAUGGAAAACUGACCGACAACUUCCAGUACAUACAGGAGCUGCGCGAAGCCAAUAAUUACCGCUCCCGCCACAAAAGUGAAGGACAUUCAGAGGCCAAUAAAAAGGUGCUCGUGCUAGGAGCUGGUAUGGUCUCAGCGCCCCUCGUUGAGUGGCUGGCCCGAGAAAAAGAUGUCUCAAUCACAGUCUGCUCUGCUCUGAAAGAGGAAGCCGAUGGCUUGGCGCGAAAAUAUAAUGGCGUUGACAGUAUUUAUCUGAAUGUAACCGAAGGCAGUGAUCAUUUACAGGAGCUCUGCGCUAAAUCAGAUGUUGUUAUUUCUCUGCUGCCUUACAGUCUCCACGGCAUGGUUGCCAAAUACUGCGUGGCCGAGAAGACACACAUGGUUACAGCGAGUUAUUUGAGUGAUGAAAUCAAAGAGUUGCACGACGAAGCGCGACGCAAUGGUGUAACUAUCAUGAAUGAAGUAGGACUGGAUCCUGGUAUUGAUCAUUUGUUGGCGCUGGAGUGCAUUGAUGAAGCGAAGGAGAAGGGCGGUGUUAUUGAAUCGUUUGUCAGCUUUUGUGGGGGUUUGCCCGCACCUGAGCACUCGGGCAAUGCGUUGCGGUAUAAGUUCUCGUGGUCGCCGCGUGGUGUGCUGUUGAAUACUUUGUCUGCAGCGAAGUAUCUGAGUAAAGGACAAAUUGUGGAGAUAUUAGGUGGUGGCGAUUUGAUGUCGAAUCCGAGAAGUCUCGAUUUCCUGCCCGGUUUCGCGUUGGAAGGUUUCCCGAAUCGUGAUUCGACCAAGUACGCUGAGCUUUAUGGCCUCGGCAAAGAUGUGCAUACCUUACUGCGAGGCACAAUACGCUACAAGGGCUUCUCGCAGUGUGUACAACCUAUGCAGCUGCUCGGUUUAAUUGAUCCCGAACCACAUCCAAUGCUACAUCCCAGCGGACCGGAUGUGACGUGGCGUCAGUUGGUCGUCAACAUGUUGGGCAUGUCCGAUUCGAGUAUUUUCUAUGAAAACCUAAAGCAAAAGUUGGUGGAACGUAUUGGGGAUGCCGAUGGUCUGGAGAGUUUGGGGCUUUUAGACGAUACGCCGGUGGUUAAGCUCAAUACACCAUUGGAUACAUUGAGUCACUACCUGGCGAAGCGUUUGGAGUUUGAAUCACACGAACGUGACUUGGUCAUACUCCGUCAUGAGGUGGGCAUCCGCUGGCAAGACGGACGCCGUGAGGAACGUGGCAUCAACUUUGUCGUUUAUGGCCAACCUGGUGGCCACUCGGCGAUGGCGCAAACUGUGGGCAAACCGGCAGCGAUCGCAGCUAAGAUGAUUUUGGAUGGUGAGAUACAAGAACGUGGUGUCUGUCUACCCUUUACGCCCGACAUCUACCGGCCGAUGUUGCAGCGGCUACGUGCUGAGGGCUUAACGGCAACGGAAACUACUAGAUUUGUGAACUAAACCUGAUUUUUCUGCUAAAAAAUUUUGGAAAAAUGUCGGUUGAUGUAGCCAAGCUUACAUAAAUAUUUA